AUGGACGCCGCCUCGAUCGAGCAGAUGAACAAGGUUCGAGUGUCGCUCGGCAUGGCGCCGCUGCCAGUGCCGGGCGAUGGACCGCAGUUCAAGCAGAACGAGGAGUCUGAGUCCGGCUCGGAGAGCGACGAACUCAGCACCCUCGACAAGCGGCAGGCUGCGGCGGGCAACAAUUGGCAGAGGCUUGAAGAUGAGCGGAAAGACAAGAUUGAGCGGCAGCGGCGGAAGGACGCUGCUAAGAAGGCGAGAGAUGCCGCUCAGCGCAACUCAAAGCUUCAAGGCAAGGGUUUGGGAGACGCGGACGAUGACGAGGUGGACACGAGGACGUGGUUGAUGCAGCAAAAGAAGCGACAGAAGAAGAUCGAGAAGGCACGCAAAAUGGCGGAGGAGUUGGCGGCGAGAGAACAGCAGGCUGAGUAUACGAGUAAAGACCUGGCGGGCGUGAAAGUAGGGCACGAAGCGGACGAGUUCGAUGAGACAACUGGCGAGCAGGUUCUCACUCUGAAAGAUGCUGAAAUCGGGGACGAGAGCGAGGAUGACGAGCUUGAGAAUGCAGAAAUCAAGGCGAAGGAGAAGCUGGAGGAGAAGCUAAAGCUCAAGAAGAAGCGGCCUGACUAUGAUCCGACUGAGCAAGGAGAGAAGCAGGCUUUGCUGUCGAAGUAUGACGAAGAAAUUGAGGGCAAGAAGCAGAAGCGCUUCACUCUGGACGGCCAAGGAAAUACUGUUGCCGCCUCGAGACAGGCCCUGGAUGCAGACGGUCAAGUGAAGAGCAAAGGUGUCAAGAUCAGCCUGGACAUGCUCAAGGACGACACGUUAGCAUCGGAUUACGUUGAUCCAAGCACAGUCAAGAUGAAGAAGCCGAAAAAGAAAAAAGAGAAAAAGACGAGGCAGAAGCCGGCUGAUGAGGACGAUAUCUUCCCACUAGUUCAAUCUGCCGCAGAGUCAGCACCAAACGAUGACGCUAUGCAGGUUGAUGGAGGUAACGACACUGUUGCAGCGAACAGCAAGAAGCGCGCCUUUGAGUUCGAGGAUGACGAUGAUCUACAAGCGAGGCUGGCCGAGCAGAGACGGCAGGCUCUGAAGAAGAGAAAGAAAACGGGUGCGUCAGAGCUUGCUAGACAGGUGCGAGAAGAAAUGCCAAUCGACGAUGAAGAGCCUGAGGAUGGAGGCUUGACCAUCGAUGAGACUACCGAAUUCGUGGCGAAUUUGAAGAAGCCAGAAGCGCCCGAAGUACGAGACAGGCAAAGCAGGACUCCGCAGCCAGCCAACGCAACAUCGCCGGGCUCUGAAGAUGAAGAUGCUGACGGCGACACUGCUAUGGCCAACCAGUCCUACGCUAAUUUGGAGGAACGCGCUCAACGCAGACGAGAGACCUCUACACCUGCGGCAGCACAAGGGACGGCCACCGGGUUGGAGGACGAGGAGAAUCUUGCCGAGCAAGGCAUCGGCGCAUCGCUAGCCCUUCUCCGCAAACGUGGCUUGAUUGACGCAUCAGCCGAUGAGAAGUUGAGCGAACGUGAGCGGGCCCGCACGCAGUUCCUUGCGGACAAGCAACACCUCAUUGAUGAUUUCGACAACCGCGCACGCCAGGAACGUGAAGCGGAACGUCGCAAGGGUACUUGGGACAAGAUGUCGAAUCGUGAGCGUGAAACUUUCCAGAAGCAGCAGAACGAUGCCCGAGAGCGGUAUCUCAACCAAUUGCUCGACGAUGAGUUCAAGCGGAACUACAAGCCGAAUGUUGAGCUGAGGUACACAGAUGAGUUUGGCCGGAGGAUGAACCAAAAGGAAGCGUUCAAGCAUAUGAGCCAUAUGUUCCACGGCAAAGGAUCUGGGAAAGGCAAAACGGAGAAGAGGUUGAAGAAGAUUGAAGACGAGAAGAAGGAUGCGAUGCGUGGUGUCUUGAAUGUCGGCACGGAGGAGGGUGGCAUGAGUGUGGUCCAGGGCAGAGAAGAACUCAAAGCAUAG